AUGACGGUCUCCGACGAGGAGGCUCAAAAGCAGAAUCUCUUACCAGCCACAGAUCAUCCGAAUACGAUCGAAUUCUACAAUUCACGAUCUCGCGUUUUCCACGAUGAUGAAGAAGACAAAAUUGUUUUCUAUUUUGAUUACAAAAAGGAAGGAAACGAUCAAGAAGAAAUUAUCAAUUGGCAGAAGUUAAAAGAAUUGAAAGACAAGAAGCGUUGGGGAGUGAUCAGACACCCGUUGGUACUCAAUUUUGUCAAUGAGAGAUUAUUGGAUUGUGCCGGUUUCUACACCUUCCAUAUGCUUACUUAUUUCUCCUUUCUUUUAAUCCUUUCUUCACAUGUUUUCUCGAGAACUCGCUUUAAAGAUUGGCUUAUUACUGGAUAUCUUGCUUUAUUUCUUUUCUUUAUGUUAAUCAAAGGAGCUAUCAAAGUCCAAAUCUCAACUGGUGUCUCUUGUUGGUUCGCCAUCGCUUAUGCUUUCAAUUUCCUCACCUAUGCGGCCACAUUUGCUUAUGUUUGGUUACCAACUGUAUUCAAAUAUGAUGAUUAUCAUCCAGAAGUCAAGAGUAUAAUCUUAUGGUUUCUCCCAAUUGUUGCGAUCAUUUCGGCGUGGGUGAAUUUCUUGUACAUUCUCCGGAAAAGCCCCUAUGGAAUCUAUAUUUUCAUGAUGGUUCGAAUUCUUCGAUCGUUUGGACAUAUAGCCACCAUUUGGAUCCCAACACUGAUUGCUUUCUCUUUCGCUUUUCAUCUAAUCAUGAGAGACUCGGGAAUCGAGCCAUGGAUGAGUGUGGAACAGGAUACAAACUCAACGAUGAUUCACAAAUUGUUCAUCAUCUUACAAGCGAUCACCAAAACAUCGACAAUGAUGAUCGGUGAAGUAGACGCAAAUGACAUUCUCGGAACGAAACAAUGGAUUCCCUCAAUUCUCGUGCUGGCUUUCGAAAUCAUCACCGUUAUUUUGCUCAUGAAUCUCAUGGUCUCACUUGCUGUUGGUGAUGUGAGUGAUCUCAGGAAUUCGGCUCAAGAUAAACUGCUCAAAAUUAAGGUCAGUUUUGUGAUCGAGGCGUUGCAACUCAGCCAGGCAUUGCCAAGCACUCUUCCAGAUAGAUGGUUAUUGUACAAGAAAAAGACAAAAAACGUGUUGGUCGUUGACCGAGAUGAGAACUAUUUUACCGUGAUGCGCUCGAAGAACGAUUUUCGCACCAAGACCGGUGAGUCUCGGAGUCCAACUCGAACUCCAGCAGCUGUGCGAGAUCAAGUCUAUCGAAUGUCAUUCACAAAUCCCCGAAUGAGGGUUCGAGUACAGAAGCAACAUCUCGUUGGAAGGCAUCAAAUGGUUCAUUUAGAAGAUUGUCAGAUCGUUUUCACUGAAUCUCCCGAUUCGGGAAUUCCCCGUUGGGAGGAAGAGCCAACAAAUCCAUCGGAUCAAGAUAAUUGGACACGAAAAUACGCUAAAUGGUUGAUUGGACUUGAUUGGAUUGGAUAUCUGGAUCUA